AGUUCUGGAUAAUUUAAAGAAAAUGAGUUGGAUAGUAAAAACCAAGAAAAAAUAUUAUUGUUUUUCCUUUAAGAUUUUGACAAAAGAAGGAUAAAAAAUCGCUUGUAUUUGUUUCAGAGUUACGGUGAAAUUGUGCUGAGAAUUAGGGUUUGUUUUUGGCACAUUUGACAAGUUUUAUGAUUUUUGUAUAUUUAGUUCUUUCACUGCAUUAAAACCCCCCAAACACAGCUGAAAAUAGUAGCAGAUUCUUAUUCAAAUAGGACCACUCUUCACAACAUUCCAUGAAAAGAGAUAAUAUUGAGCCAUCCAGCAGUCCUCAAAGUCGAAAGGUUUCGGCAAGAUGGGACCCUGAUGAAGCAUGUAGGCCUUCCAUUGAUGAUGCUCCAGUCUUUUAUCCUACUGUUGAGGAGUUUGAAGACACAAUUGCCUACAUAGAAAAGAUUCGCGAAGAAGCUGAAUCGUUUGGUAUAUGUCGGAUUGUUCCACCACCUUCUUGGACUCCACCUUGUCCUCUUAAAGAGAAAGAUAUAUGGGAACAUGCUAAAUUUUCAACACGAAUUCAGCAAGUUGACUUGCUUCAAAAUAGGGAGCCAAUGAGAAAGAAAAGAAAAAGCCGAAAAAGUAGACGGAGGAGGCAUUCAAGAAUCGAAGCCACUAGAAGACGCACCAAUUCUAGUGUAGAAUCUACUUCUGAGAGCAAUGAGAAGUUUGGCUUCAGUUCAGGAUCCGACUUCACACUUGAAGAAUUUCAGAGAUAUGCAAAAGAAUUUAAGGUAACAUACUUUAAGAGAGACUGUGAUAAGGAUUCAAAGCCUGGUGUGGUUGAAUACUCGAAAUGGGAACCUUCUUGGGAGGAUAUUGAAGGUGAAUACUGGAAGAUAGUUGAGCAAUCAACCGAUGAGGUGGAGGUAUACUAUGGGGCAGACCUGGAAACAGGAACUUUUGGCAGUGGGUUUCCCAAGGCAUCAGCUACAUUAACUGGAAAUGAUGCAGAUAAAUACACAACGUCAGGUUGGAACCUAAAUAAUUUCCCACGCCUACAAGGUUCUGUGUUAUCUUUUGAAGGAUGUGAUAUAUCUGGAGUUAUAGUGCCAUGGCUCUAUGUGGGGAUGUGCUUCUCGUCAUUUUGUUGGCAUGUUGAGGACCACCAUCUGUAUUCCCUGAACUAUAUGCACUGGGGUGAUCCAAAAAUAUGGUAUGGAGUACCUCGAAACCAUGCUUCCACUUUGGAGGCUGCAUUGAGAAAGCAUCUCCCUGAUUUGUUUGAAGAACAACCAGACUUGCUCCAUGAAUUGGUUACUCAGUUUUCUCCAUCUGUUCUAAAAUGUGAGGGUGUACCAAUCUAUCGAGCUGUACAAUGUUCUGGGGAGUUUGUUCUUACCUUUCCAAGGGCAUAUCACUCUGGAUUUAAUUGUGGCUUCAACUGUGCGGAGGCUGUGAAUGUUGCUCCUGUUGAUUGGCUAGAACAUGGUCAACAUGCAGUGGGGCUCUACAGUGACCAGCAUCGCAGGACAUCGCUGUCCCAUGACAAGCUCCUCCUAGGAGCAGCUUGGCAAGCCAUCCAAGCUCUCAGGGAGUUAUUUUUUGCUGGCAGAGAAACUCCAGGAAAUUUGAGGUGGAAACAUGUCUGUGGAAAGGAUGGAAUGCUUACAAAGGCUGUUAGGGCGAGAGUGCAGAUGGAGGAGGAAAGAUUGAAUUGCCUUCCACCUCACUUACCCUUACGAAAGAUGGAAAAAGAAUUUGAUUUGGAAUGUGAAAGGGAAUGCUUCUCUUGUUUCUAUGAUUUGCAUCUGUCUGCCUGCAGCUGCAACUGCUCUCCUGAGCGAUUUACAUGUCUGAAACAUGUAAAGUAUUUCUGCUCGUGCCAAACUGAAGAAAGAUUUGUCCUCCUUCGCUACACCAUUGAUGAACUGAAAAUGCUAGUAAAAGCUUUGGAGGAAGGAGUAGAUGCUGUUAAAGUAUGGGCAUGCACAGAUAUUGAAGGUUGUGAUGCUCAUGUGUCUAAUUUGGUUCAUGAUAGUGAGGUAGUAAAAGUAGAAUCUUCUCGAGUAAGUGGAGAUUUUUCUUUUUUCCGGGGAAUGGAAAAAAAGCUGGAUAUUAGUGAUUGUAGCCCAUCAUCAGUUUCUCGAGAUUCUCCCAACAAGUAUCAGCAUUCAAUUUCAAGUGUUACUUUGGAUUCUGAUGGCUUUGAUGGCAAGAACUUGCUUAGCGUUGAACAUCAGUUUCCAUAUCCAGGAAAACCUAAUACCUUGUUGAAGACAGCAACUGCCAAUAGCUCAGAUGUAAACACAUCUAUUGCUGCCCGAGGAGAUCCAUUGUUGAAUUCUUCUGUGGAACCUUUAAAUUUCGGAUCUGUCGUGUUCGGAAAGCAAUGGUGCAGCAAGCAGGCCAUAUUCCCAAAAGGAUUUAGAAGUCGUGUUAAGUUCUUUAGUGUUAUCAACCCAACAGAGACUUCUAGCUACAUCUCAGAAGUCGUAGAUGCUGGGCUCAGUGGACCUCUAUUUAAGGUCACUUUAGAAGGUUGCCCCACUGUGAUCUUUGCAGAUGUGUCGGUGGAAAAAUGCUGGGAAAUGGUGGUGCAGAAACUAAACCAAAAAAUUUUAAGGAGCAAUCUUGAGGGAAGAGGCAUGCUUCCUUUACAAUCACCGAAGAUCGUCAAUGGACUUGAAAUGUUUGGAUUUCUCUCACCACCCGUAAUUAAGGCUAUUGAAGCUCUUGAUCCGAACCAUCAAUGCUCAGAGUACUGGAAUCACAAGACUAGUAGCAAUGACAACAAAGUUGAAAUGAAUACGGAUUUAGAUUGGGUUGGCCAGUAGUGUAGGGGAAACGAAAUCAAAAGCUUCUGGUGUUGAAUUGAGAAAAUAGGUAGAGGAUUAUGUGAGCCAGCAUCGAUUUGGUGAAGAGAAGAGGUAGACAGGUAGUAUUAAGAAGAGUUGAAAUGCGUGGUGAAGCACAAAGUGCUGGAUGGAGAGUGGCAUGUAAUGGAGAUCCUUGAAACGUGUACAUCGGUCGAAGAUUCAGAGAUUCGGUCAAAUAUUGUGGAGAUUUAACAGCUUUAGCUAGUAAAUAAGGGUGAAAAGGAUGCGGUUGCUAAAAUCUAAGUACUAUCAGUCAGCUUUAAUUUUGUUUUUCAGCUUUCAGGUUCAUUCUUUCAACAAAUCCUUUAGAGGAAGAAAAGGGCUUCAUAUGCUUGAGCCCUGAAUC